GAAAUCAAUGCUUUUCUGAGGCAGGUUGAGCUGUCCAAAGGCAAAGAACCAUACACAUUCUACGAUGGCCCCCCGUUCGCGACCGGAAUGCCCCACUACGGGCAUCUUCUGGCGUCCACCAUCAAGGACAUUAUACCGCGUUACUGGUCCAUGAAGGGUCGCUAUGUUGAGCGAAGAUUUGGUUGGGAUACCCACGGUGUUCCAAUCGAGUACGAAAUCGACAAGGAACUGGGCAUGUCUGGACGUGAUGCCGUGCGGGAAAUUGGAAUCGCCAAGUACAACGAAAAGUGCCGCGCAAUUGUCAUGAGAUAUGCGACCGAAUGGAGAGCCACCAUCGACCGUCUUGGACGCUGGAUCGACUUUGACAACGACUACAAGACUAUGGACACCAAAUUCAUGGAGUCCGAGUGGUGGGUCUUUAAGCGCCUGUUCGACAAGGGCGCCGUGUACCGUGGAUACAAGGUCAUGCCCUACAGUACAGCGUUGGCGACGCCUCUCAGCAACUUUGAGGCUUCUCAAAACUACAAGGACGUCCAAGACCCGGCAGUCGUUGUCACCUUCCCUCUAGUCAACGACCCAAACACGUGCUUGCUGGCAUGGACUACCACCCCCUGGACACUCCCGUCAAACACCGGUCUCUGCGCACACCCCGAUUUCGAAUACAUCAAGAUCCUCGACGAAGCGUCCGGAAAACAUUACAUUCUCCUCGAAUCCUUGUUGCGCACACUUUACAAGGACCCCAAGAAGGCCAAGUUCAAGAUUGUCGAGAAGCUCAAGGGCAAGGACAUGCUAGGCUGGAAAUACGAGCCCCUCUUCGACUACCUGUACGAUGAGUUCAAAGACUACGGCUUCAAGGUCUUGAACGAUACCUACGUUACGGCUGACAGCGGUGUGGGUAUCGUUCACCAGGCUCCCGCAUACGGAGAGGACGAUUACCGCGUCGCUCUCGCACACGGUGUCAUCUCCGACACCCGCACACCUCCAAAUCCAGUCGACGACCAAGGCUGCUUCACUGCAGUUGUGAAGGACUUUGAGGGUCAACACGUCAAGGCAGCAGACAAGGGUAUCAUCAAACACCUGAAAGGAACUGGACGCUUGAUCGUGGAUUCACAGCUUCUCCAUAGCUACCCGUUCUGUUGGCGGUCCGACACUCCCUUGAUCUACCGAACUGUUCCCUCAUGGUUUAUCAAGAUCCAGGACAUUGUCCCACAAAUGCUCGAGAACAUUGCAGGCUCACACUGGGUUCCUUCAUUUGUCAAAGAGAAGCGAUUCGCAAACUGGAUAUCCAACUCGCCUGAUUGGGCAGUGUCAAGAAACCGUUUCUGGGGAACUCCACUCCCAAUCUGGGUCAGCGAUGACGGAAAAGAGGUCGUGUGCAUCGGCAGCGUAGAGGAGCUGAAGAAACUCAGCGGAUACGAGGGAGAGCUUACUGACAUUCACCGUGACAAGAUCGACCACAUUACCAUUCCCAGCAAAGAGGGCAGGGGUGUGCUGAAGAGAACAAACGAAGUUUUCGAUUGUUGGUUCGAGUCUGGUUCUAUGCCCUACGCAAGCGCACACUACCCGUUCGAGAACGUGGAGCAGUUCGAGAAGUCUUUCCCCGGAGACUUCAUUGCGGAGGGUCUCGACCAAACCCGUGGUUGGUUCUACACACUCACAGUUCUGGGCACACAUCUGUUCGGAAAACUGCCAUUCAAGAACUGUGUUGUUAACGGCAUCGUCCUCGCGGAGGAUGGCAAGAAGAUGUCGAAACGUCUUAAGAACUACCCGGAUCCCUCUCUCAUCAUGCACAACUACGGUUCCGAUGCUCUGCGAUUGUAUCUCAUCAACUCGCCUGUUGUUCGUGCCGAGACGCUUCGGUUCAAGGAGGCGGGUGUCAAAGAAAUCGUUUCCAAGGUCUUGCUACCCCUGUGGAACAGCUAUCAGUUCUUUGAGCAACAGGUAUCGCUGCUGAAGAAGGUCGCUGAUCUGGACUUUGUAUUCGACCCCGAGGCCGAGAAGACAAACACAAACGUUCUGGAUCGGUGGAUCUUGGCAUCUUGCCAAUCGCUAUUGAAGUUUGUGAAUGAGGAGAUGGCCGCGUACAGACUGUAUACCGUGGUUCCGCGGUUGCUCGAGCUUAUCGACAACACGACCAAUUGGUACAUUCGAUUCAACCGCCGCCGACUAAAGGGUGAAUACGGUCUCGAGGACACGAAGCACGCUCUCAACACACUGUUCGAAGUCCUUUACACACUUUGCCGUGGACUUGCACCUUUUACGCCAUUCAUCACUGAUAACAUCUACCUCCGAUUGCUGCCACACAUCCCCAAGGAACUGCAUGCCGAGGAUAACCGAAGUGUACACUUCCUUCCUUUCCCAGAAGUCCGUGAGGAGCUGUUCGACGAAGCCGUUGAGCGCCAGGUGAAGCGCAUGCAGUCAGUCAUUGAGCUUGGUCGUAUCUGCCGAGACCGCGCCAACAAGGGUCUAAAGAUCCCGCUCAAGACGCUGGUAGUCAUUCACCCAGAGCAACAAUAUCUGGAUGAUAUCAAAUCGCUAGAGAACUACAUCCUAGAGGAGCUGAACGUGCGAGACAUUGUGCUGUCAAGCGACGAGGAGAAGUACAACGUGCAAUACUCUGCGUCCGCAGACUUUUCUGUUCUGGGUAAGAAGCUCAAGAAAGACGCCGUCAAGGUCAAGAAGGCACUGCCGAGUCUCAAGAGUCAAGAAAUCAAGGAUUACUUGAAGAGCGGCUCGAUUGUGGUUGACGGCAUCAAGCUCGAGGCCGAGGAUUUGAUGGUCAAGCGUGGUCUUGCACAGGACUCUGGCAACAAGGACCAGGAGUUCAACACUGACAACGAUGUUCUCAUCAUUCUUGACGUCGCUUCGUACCCUGAGCUUGAGCAAGAAGGUCUUGCGCGAGAAGUUAUCCGUCGCGUACAAGACUUGCGGAAGAAGGCUGGGCUGGUGCCUACUGACGACGUGGGCAUGGAGUACCGCGUCUUGAGCGAUCCGGAAGGAGUUGGUCUGGAGAAGGCGUUUGAGAACCAAGGACCGCUGUUUGAAAAGGCUCUACGAAGGAACGUUGACAAGCACGUCAUCACUGAGCUUGACGGCAAGAUACCCGAGAACAGCAACGAAAAGGUCAUUGCAGAGGAAGAGCAGGAGCUUCAUAAAGCAACAUUCCUUUUGCGUUUGGUUAAGCUAUGAGGCACAUGCAGCACCGUUACGCUCCUAGCCAAUGGCUUUGUGGACCGUUGGGGUGCCCGAUAAAGUCUUUGAUGCAGUGAUCACGCAAUGUGAAUAGAUGAAAUGAUAAAAAUAUAUUUCCA